CGUUUGGCGCCUUUGCGAUCUGACGUUUGCAGUGAACAAAGCACUCACACAAACUCGUCUCCGAGAAUCGGUCAAUUUCCCACUAGCUUGUAGAUACCUUCAACGGCGACAAAGACAUUGAUGACACCUAAAGGAACAUGUAAUAACUCUUCCCCAGUGCAGUCACGAUUAUUUGGCCACUAACGUAAAAGCCGGAAUUUUCAGAAAACAAAAUCUGACAGAGUUUUAAUGCAAAGUUCUGUCCUUCACACUUAGAAGGUAAGUUUAAUUUUCAGUUGAAAAUGUUAUUGUAAUAAGGUCUCAAACUCCUAGUAGUUUUGAUACACCAAAUAUAAACGUAUAUCGAGGCCAAUACAACGAGUAAGGCAGAAAAUCGCUGAAGAGAUUUUGUAAAAUUCCUAACGCAUGGAAUUUGCUUAGCUUGGUCUUUAGGAAAGGAAAACUACACAAAUUGUUUAAUUUUUGUUAAUAUUGUUGGGAUCUUGAUGUCGACAGUUCAAUAUAACAGUUGAACGUUAACGUUUUUUUCGGUGAGACUUCCUAAGAGAUGAUUGAGAUCAGCCGAAUGAAACUUUUAGGGUGAGUAUGAAGGCGAGAUCCACCUGUAUGGUUGUAAAAGCGGGCGAACAUAUAAUGAAUCUAUAAGAGUUUCAACAACUUGUUUGGUUCAAUGUAGGUCGAUAUGCAGGAGGGAAACUGAUUAGUUUACAUCAGUCUUGGUGAAUGGCAUUCUCUAAAUUGGGGUUAAACUGGACAAGGAUUAUCAUUUCAGUGCUACCAAGGUUUCCUGAACAGAGCAUUUUCGUCGCUUUCUAAAACUUGAAGUAUUCUACACAGUGCAACAUUUCAUAAAGAUCCACCCAGGAGACCCUUAGCGCCAGCCAGUGUUCGUACAACUUGCACUUACAAAGACAAAUGAGACUAACUCCAUUUCAAUUUUUAUAAUCUCUCAAAUAAACAAUAACUUUUUAUCUUCCUGUUUACUUUAAAUCUCGUUUUUAGGAAAACGUUUUUCUUUCCUUAGCUUAUCUAUGAGAAAGUAUCGGCGAAAAAGGAAUGACGUAACCUUCGUGAAUCUUAAUGAACCUAUAAUUCUGAUAGCUCUUUACCCACAAAGCAAUGCCAGUUGGGAUGAUAAAGGUAACUUUCAACUUCAAGCCCCAUAAACUCUGUUUGCUGUUAAGUCCAAGUGUGAGGUCAAGAUGGCUGGAUAUUGGACGAGUUCUUUUUUUAUGUUUUUAUGGACCGAGACGAAGAUUUCACUUCAUAAGAACCGAAAAUGACUUGUCUAUUUUAAACUAUAAUAAACUCUCGAAAAUUGUUUAUUUUUUCUUUGUUUUGGUUAUCUUCUGUCUUUUCUUUACGUCUCCAUUGCCGUAAUUGUCCAAAAACUAAGAACUUUGCAAGUCUGCUCCACGCCUUUCUUUUUCUUGCGUGGGAUUAAAGAGGACAAUCUCGAGAAGGCUAAAUAAGCCCAUCUUGCACGCUCGGGUAGCCAAUCAGAAAACAGGAUUCGCCUCAUAUUGCUUACGGUACUGCCAGCUAUAUGUUAAUUGACAAUAUAACAUGCACCUACGUAUAUUCUAAUCAUUCAACUAUCCACAUUACAGGGAACAGCUCGUAAAAAGUGUUUUCUUGCAAUUCAAACUGCGAUAUCAGGCCAUGAAUGAAACACAAGCUUCAAACUCAAGCCAUGAAGUUACUACUGACCAUCGCAAAGUUUCCUUGAUUGUGGCGAAUGUGUUCUUGGUUAUAAUAAUAAUUUUCGCCGUAUUUGGUAACAUUCUUGUUUGUCUGGCUUGUAUCUUGUCUAAACGGCUUCAAAGUUUCACUAGUGCCUUCAUAAUCAGUUUGGCGGUCACUGAUAUUUUAGUUGGCGCUAUAUCUAUGCCCGUUUGGCUUUCUGUUAACCUGACUGGCAAACCAGACGCCGUAAAGUUCCCUACAUUCUACACGGUUUGGCUGUGUUUUGACAUCAUCUGCGGAACGGCAUCUAUCAUGAAUCUUGUCUUUAUAAGUAUCGACCGCUUUCUAGCUGUCAAUCAUCCUCUUCGUUAUCCAACCAUUGUCACACGACUCCGAAUCACAAUCGGAAUAACUUUCAUAUGGAUUUAUUCUGUAACAAUUGCAGCUAUACAACCAAUCAAAUGGCCUAGCUACCCGUUAUUCGUUUCUCUGGCUUCUUUCUUCGUUCCUCUGUUGGGCAUGGUACUCGCUUAUUCUCGUAUAUUCCAAGUCGCCUUAAUACACAUUCGUAGCAUUCGUCGUGUGCACCCGAACCAAUCGAUACUUCGACGGCCAACAGCGGAAACAUUCCAUCGUGACAUCAAGGCUGCGCGAACACUCAGCAUUGUAAUUGGUGUUUUUAUUGUAUGCUGGUGCCCGUUUUUCGUGGCUAAUUUGAUCUCCAGGUACUGUAAGUUAUGCGAAGUUCCCAAUGAAGUUUAUUCCAUGAUUAAGUGGUUACACUACGGUAAUUCGGCUCUAAACCCGCUUAUAUACAGCUGUUUGAACGCAAACUUCAGGGCGGCCUUCAAAGAUGUGUUAAGGAGAAUCAGUCUGAAUAGAAGAAUGAUGCAGACUGAUAGCUUUACCAAAAGGAAUGUGACAACUACUACCAACAGCGGACAAGAUAUGCAUUACAGGCUUUCUUUACCAAGUGAACAGCUUCAUGGCGUUAACUGA